GGGGUGCAGAGUUCAGACUGAGCCACAGACCGCCCAUUGAUGUAACACAACUACUCCAGAUGUUAUCCUGAUUUGGAACAAGAAGUCCAACCCGCAGCACUGAGCCCACAUCUGCACACGAUGUCUGUUGAACUUUGCCCUGUGAGUGAGCCAGAUGGGAAUAAUGAAACCACUCAGGAUUUCACACUGGGAGGGAAUAAGCCUUUACACCGCUUCCUAAGGUGUCAACCCAAGGUCAUUGGGACGGUUAUGCUGGUCAUUGGGGCAUCCUCUGUGAUUGUUGCCAUUGCCACCCACUCAGACGUCGACAUUCUCCACAUGUGGAUGGUCAUUCCUCCAGAGAUUUGCAUGGGAAUAUUGCUCACCAUCUGUGGGAUUUUAUAUAUUGUGACACAGCACAGACCCACCAAGAAAACUGUAACCAUAUCAUUUGCUCUCAGCAUUGUGUCGACGCUCGGGGGUUUUUGGACAAUUCUCGUCAUGCUCAUUAACUUCCACAUCUACUAUGCAUAUAGUAGUGAUGAGGAACACAGCAAUGAUACCGACAUUGCCAAUGAAAUACCAUGGACGUCUCAUAUAGAAGUUAUGGGACUGACCUUGGAGGCAGUGUUUUUGUUGUACAGCUUCGUUGGUACAAUUAUCUUUAUCACCAUGUCAGUGCUGGCAGGAGCUGCCCUCCGUUCAACAAAGACUCAGGCCAUUGUAGUGAUGACGACGACGGCAGCUGAAGCGCCAGUUGAAUGAAAAGUGAAGAAGGUCCAAACUUUUGCAAAUCAGGCAGCAAAGAAUCUCUCAUCUAUUAAUAGAUGUUCAAAUAUUGCGCUCUCUCUGUGACAGUAGUUGUAGUUGGAAACAACACAAUACAAAUAAUCCAACUAAUGUGUGGUAUGACCAGUCCUGGGUCUUACUGCCAGAAACUGUAAGCCACUGUCAUCAAAAUAAAAACACUGAGCUUUGCCACUCAGCAGUGGCAGCAAGCUGCUGCCCCGAGCUGCAGACUGGAGUUGACUUUUCACUUCAUCUUAUUUUUGCGUCAUCUGAACCAGCUAAACCAAUGGUUGCAACAGUCAAACUGUGUGGACAUUGUCAGCACUGUGAACAAGACACAGAAAAAUGCAUAGUACUUAUUAUUUCCAAGUGGUAACAACUUAAUCUGUAAUUCAUAGAUCAUUUACAAAUAAUACAUCGGCUACGGUGACUAUUUAUUAGUAUUGUUUCACUCUCCUGUUUAGUAACCUGAUUUGUUUCAUGAUUUUAUGCUGUAUCUAUGAAAAUGUUCAGGAACCUGAGAUGCUAUGUGAAAUGAAAAGGAGUUUUGUGCUUAAGCACCCCUGUCUCUUUGAAACCCUCAAAUUAGGAGGCCAUACUUUUCAAAGUCACAUAGGAAGUUCAGGGAACCCCAUCAGUUUGCAGUGUAACCCUUACAAUGUUUCAGUGUGUAAAUGUAUAUUAUUGUACCAGAGUGUACCUCCAAUUAAUUGCAAAAUAUACAAAAAUGCAAACAAGCAGUUAUCAUUGCAACAAUAUGUUUCCAAUGAUGCAACAUACUUAGAAAAAAAAACUGAUAUAAGUGGCUACUCACCUCAGAUGUUACAAUGCACCACAGGUUUCACAACAGAUGACACAGGGAAAAAAGAUACCAUCCUACCACGAAACUAAUUUGGUAACAUUUCUUGGGAAAUUAGGUCUUAAUAAACAGGUACUGCUGCAUACAAAUAUUUUCUUCAGAAAUACUUGUUCCCAAUGUCAAUGGAACCUCAACCAGAUGUUUAGUAUCAAGUUGCCGUAUCUGGAUUUGGCAAUGGGCAUGAAUUAUGUUCAGAUCUGUAACUCCAACGUCAACAACUUUAAGCAUACUUAGUCAUAGUAGUCAUGACAAUGCACCCGGUGUUGACAUAUUUUUGCGACCCGAUGUUCUAGAUACUAAGUAAACACAUUCCCAUGUCAGAAAGUGUCAUCAUUUUAUUGACAGUUCAGGACUUGAGUCGAGUUUUCUGUAAAAAAAUCCUAUAACUAGACAAGCUCAGAUACUCAGUGAAUGGCAUAGAAUACAAGUACAAUGGGAAGUAUGAGUCCUAUAACAAUCAAAAGAAAUAAAGUUGCAGAAAGAAAACCAGGCAGGUAGACUAUUAUUCUUAAAGCUGCUAAUAAUUCCAAUAAAUGCUUUUCAAAGAAAUUUCAUAGUGAAGUUAAUUAUGUGCUUCUUUAAUUUAGAAUGUUAUGAAAUGAAAUUUUGUGUUGUCCUUAACAAUAGGAUAGGACAACAACCCCCAUCCCUUUCCCCCCCAAAAAACAAAUAAAUCUAAAAAGUUGUUUUUUUAAGUCGUAAGUGGAAUGCCUCAAAGUAGGAUAAAAAGUCAGUGGGGCAUUGUUCAUAUUGUGGUCAUUUGUAGAAACAUUAUCAUUUUACAUGUAUGUGAGGUUUUUUUAUUUAAAUCAUAAAAAAAUUUUAAUUCCACAAGUUAACUUCGAAGAAACCUAUUAUAAUAAACUUGGCAUACACAAGACAGAACACUCUGGAAAUUCUGGAUUGUACUCAAGACUCUUUUGUUUCUUUAGGUGACGUUUCACAGCAAACCAGCAGCACAAAUGCAGAGACAUGCAUCACACUGGACUAACAGAAACAGAAUGCAUAAAAAGACUUUAUCACAUAUUUCUCAGUACAAUGGACUAAUAGAUCACAGUAGAACUCCUAGGAAUAGAUUUGUAAUUUCAAGAAUUAGCUACCACCUUAUCUCUCCUUUGGAGCUUUUCUAGGCACUUCCCACUGAGAGGAGACUCCAGGACAGACGAAGGGCUCACUUGGUCUUACCUGUGAAAUUCCGAGGUAUCCUGGGAAUACCUUUGAAUUUCCAGGAUGUGUCGAAGAAAAGAAGGAUAUAUCUUAGAGGUUUUAAACUCCCUCUACUUUCUUUAAAUUUUUCUUUCAAGAAAUCAGAAAAGUGGCCAUGAUCAAUUCUCCUUUGAGGUUUCCAGGGGGUCUUUAAAGCUAUUCCUUGAGACAGUUUUAUUUAUGCAUGUCAGUAACUGAUCGUGACAACAUAGGUUUCUGUAUGUGCUUCAGAAAUAAGGCAGAUAGAAAACCAGAAGAUAAACAGAAGGGUACUGGCAGAAGGUGCAGGAACAAACUUGUUUUAGCAACACUCCUUUCUCCACUCCCC